AAAUUUUGGUUGAAAAUGAAAUGAUACACGUUGUCGUUAACUCACAAAGAAAAUACGAGGGCCGAGGAUUCGUGAUUCGUGAUCCAGUAGAAAAUAUACAAAAUAAAAGUCGGCGGCCAGCCGUAGUUGACGGAUGAACAACGAUCUUUUCCGGAUUUCAUCUAUUACCAAUAGCUCUUCCGCUUUGCCCAUCCGCCAUUUCUUGCUAUGAGAUGGAGGAUGAUAGGAAAACCUACACUGUUGACGAUGCCCUUUCUGCAUUGGGUUUUGGAAAUUUCCAAGUCUUCGUUCUCAUCUACGCUGGCAUGGGCUGGGUUUCUGAAGCCAUGGAAAUGAUGCUGCUCUCUUUUGUUGGACCAGCUGUUCAAUCUCUUUGGGAUCUUUCUUCUCAACAAGAGAGCUUGAUAACUAGCAUUGUCUUUGCCGGCAUGCUGGUUGGCGCCUACUCCUGGGGCGUUGUUUCAGAUCUCUAUGGAAGGAGGAAAGGGUUUCUCAUCACAGCAAUUAUUACAUCUGGAGCUGGUUUUCUAAGUGCAUUUUCCCCAAAUCUCACUGUGCUGAUCAUUUUCCGUGGUUUAGUUGGUAUUGGCUUGGGAGGCGGUCCUGUUCUUUCGUCCUGGUUUCUGGAGUUUAUUCCUGCUCCACAGAGAGGCACUUGGAUGGUAGUAUUUUCAUCCUUCUGGACGCUUGGGACAGUUCUUGAAGCUUCUAUAGCCUGGUUUGUCAUGCCAAGAUUGGGUUGGAGGUGGCUGCUUGCACUGUCGGCUCUUCCUUCCUCACUGUUGCUUUUAUUAUAUAGAGUGACGCCUGAGUCACCCAGAUAUCUGUGCAUGAUGGGAAGAAAAAGUGAUGCACUGGCUGUUUUAGAGAAAAUCGCGAGAGUAAAUGGGAGAAAACUUCCUUCAGGUGUCCUUGUUACUGACAGCCACAUUGAGCUAGAAGAAAAGUCUUCAGAAGACACAAAAUUGAUACCAACAAGCAAAAAUGACCUCAAUCCUGAGCAUGUAGGUUCUCAGAAGAGUGGCUUCUCAUUGCUGAUUAUGCUUCUUUCACCGGAACUGGUUAGAUCAACUGUACUUUUAUGGAUGGUUUUUUUCGGGAAUGCAUUCGCUUAUUAUGGGCUCGUUCUGCUGACAACAGAGUUGAAUAACAAUCAUAACAGAUGCGAACAUAAAGAGUUACAAUCUGGUAAUCACCAGGAAGUUAAUUACAGGGAUGUUUUUAUUACCAGUUUUGCAGAGUUUCCUGGACUCCUCUUAUCAGCCGCAACAGUUGACAAACUUGGUCGUAAGAGCUCCAUGGCAGCAAUGUUCUUCUUCUGCUUCAUUUUUCUGAUUCCUUUGGUAGUUGAACAGCCUCAGAGCUUAACAACAGGUCUUCUCUUUGGGGCUCGAGUUUGCAUUACAGGAACCUUCACAAUUGUGUAUAUAUAUGCGCCUGAGUUAUAUCCAACAUCAGUGAGGACUACUGGGGUUGGAGUGGCAAGUUCUGUGGGUAGAAUUGGUGGGAUGGUAUGUCCUCUGGUUGCAGUCGGUCUGAUUCAUGGAUGUAAACAGAGUAUAGCGGUUUUUCUAUUUGAGAUCAUUAUUUUUGUAUCCGGUAUAUGCGUUUGCCUUUUACCAUUUGAAACAAGGGGUCUUGAAUUGAUCAAUAAUUUAUCAUCUUCGAAGCAUAAUCACCUUGAUGUGAGCUUAUAGUUACCCUUUCCUGCCAAUAUUGUUUUGAUGAGUACAACAGCUUCGGGGGAAAGAGUAUUGUUACAUCCAUUCAUAGAGAUUUUCAUAUACUGUAUUUAUUCAGGCAGUUUCAAAUUAUGAGAGAAUGUAUAAGGAGUUAGUUGUUAACUGGAUUGUAGUUUGUGUUUGUGUGUAUAAUAUAAAUAGUGAUAUUAGCAGUUACAA